AGCAGGCUUGGAAGCUGAGCAGCAUCCCAUAUGAGGAAAGCUGCGGACUUGGGACUCAGCUAGUCAUUGUUUAACCAGGAAAGUCAGCAUGAACUUUGAGGUAUAAUCUGACAAGACGCUUUAGAAGGAGGAGGAAGAUGGACGGUGCCCGGAUCCACCCUCAAGACAUGGCUGCCCUGGCCCAGGAGCUGGGCACGGCUUUCUUCCAACGGCAGCAGCUUCCCGCCUCCAUGGCCGACACGUUUUUGGAACAUCUGUGCCUGCUGGAUAUCGACUCCGAGCCCAUCACCGCCCGGAGCACCAGUAUCGUCUGCACCAUUGGCCCAGCAUCGCAGAAGGUGGAGAUGCUGCGUGAGAUGAUCAAAGCCGGCAUGAAUAUCGCUCGGUUGAAUUUCUCACAUGGAUCGCACGAGUACCACGCAAAGUCCAUUGCGAAUAUCCGGGAAGCCACGCAGAGCUUUGCCACGAAUCCUCUCUUCUACCGGCCCGUGGCUAUCGCUUUGGACACCAAAGGCCCUGAAAUUCGGACAGGCUUGAUUAAAGGGGGCGAGAACAAAGAAGUCGAACUGGUCAAAGGAUCCCGCCUGAUUGUGACCACCGAUCCGGCCUUCCAGGAACAAUGUGACUCGCAGAAUAUUUGGGUGGAUUACGCCAACUUGCCGAAAGUUGUUAAUGUCGGUGGGAGGAUCUUUAUUGACGAUGGGCUGAUCUCCUUACUGGUCAAGGAACUCCGUCCUGACAGCUGUGUGGUCGAGGUGGAGAACGGAGGGAUGCUGUGUAGCCGGAAGGGAGUCAACUUGCCGGGGGCUAAAGUGGAUUUGCCAGCGUUGUCCCAGCGGGACAGACACGACCUGGAGUUCGGGGUGCAACAGGGGGUGGAUAUGAUCUUCGCUUCCUUUAUCCGCAAGGCUGAGGAUGUGAUUGGCAUCCGACAGGCGCUGGGAGAACGGGGCCGCCACAUCAAAAUCAUCAGCAAGGUCGAAAACCACGAGGGGGUCAAACGGUUUGACGAGAUCCUGGAAGCCAGUGAGGGCAUCAUGGUGGCUCGCGGGGAUCUGGGGAUUGAAAUCCCCGCCGAGAAGGUUUUCCUGGCUCAAAAGAUGAUGAUCGGUCGUUGCAACCGUGCGGGCAAACCGGUUAUCUGUGCCACACAGAUGCUGGAGAGCAUGGUCAAGAAACCCCGGCCCACGAGGGCCGAAAGCAGCGAUGUGGCCAACGCCGUUCUGGACGGAGCCGACUGCAUCAUGCUAUCCGGGGAGACAGCCAAGGGGGCUUACGUGGUGGAGGCUGUGCGGAUGCAGCAUGCGAUCGCCCGAGAGGCCGAAGCCGCCAUGUACCACCACCAACUCUUCCAGGAGUUACGGCGCCUGACGCCUCUGAGCCAAGACCCCACCGAGGUGACCGCCGUCGGUGCCGUGGAGGCCUCCUUCAAAUGUUGCGCAGCGGCCAUCGUGGUCCUCACCGCGACCGGCAGGUCUGCGCAGAUCCUCUCCCGCUACCGACCCCGGGCUCUCAUUAUCGCCGUGACCCACGACGAACAGGUGGCCCGCCAAGCUCACCUCAGCCGCGGUAUUUUCCCAGUGGUGUGGCACGGCGCUAAACAGGACUCCUGGGCGGAAGAUGUCGAUCGCCGGGUGCAGUUUGGGAUUGAGAUGGGCCGCGUGCGAGGUUUCCUCCGCUCGGAAGACGUGGUGAUCAUUGUCACCGGAUGGAGACCCGGGGCUGGUUUCACCAACAUCAUGAGGGUGCAACAGGUGCCGUGACACACCCCGUUGGACCACCUGCGCCACUUCCCUCCCCUCCCCUGUUGCUGAAGGCUGUGCUCUGCGUCCUCCUUGUCGGCUGGGAUUUGAAAAGAUUCGGCCUUUUGCUUAAAGAUGUCCAGGGGGAAAAACUGCCUUGUCGCUCGAUCUGUCGUCUCCCGGGCAAAAAUGUACCAGAGUGGCUUUUUGCAUUGAUGGUCUGGGGGGUAUAGCAGGGACCUCUGGCAGCUGCAGGGUUUUUAAAAUGAGUUUAGAAUUAUUUGCAAUAACUAGAAAUCAGAUCGUGGAUAACUAUGAUAACACCGGAGAGAAGAAUCACUCCUUCUUUCCUGCUAUUUUUCCGCCUUUCUUUUUUGUCCCCUUUUUCCUUCGUCCCCUUUCCUUUCCUUCUGUUCUUUUCUCAUUUUCCUUCCUUCUCCAAUUCUCUUUUCCUCCCUCCCUCCCUCCCUUUCUUCACCUCCCUCCCUUUCUUCUUUCCUUCCUCUCUUCCUUCACCUUCCUUCCACCCUUGCCUUCCUCCCCUCUCCUUCCCCCUUUCUCCCAUCUUUUUCCUUCCCUUUAUUCCUUCCUUCCUCCAUAAUCUAUCACUUUUCUUCCUUCCCUCUCUCCUCUGCUCUUUCCUUCCUUCCUUCCUUCCUCUCUUCCUUCAAGUUCC